CCGCGCAGGGGGCGUGUGGCCACUUCCUUGGAAGCGCUUCUCGCCCUCCCCCUCCUCCCGGCUGGUUUGGUUUCGGUGACUCACUAGGUUGGGAGUCAGUCAGGUUUCAAGUAUUGUGUCUUUGCCGGAGGAAAAGAAGCGGCAGCAAAAUAAAGGAAACAAACGGAAUUACGACUUUUUUUUGGGAAAAACAACUGUUUGGAGAACUGAUUGAAAACAGCGAUUUAAACCAAGCAAGAAAUCAUGACAACAAUCAACACUCAGAAUAUUAGCUUCAAAUGGGAUCCGAAAAAUCUAGAAAUAAGGACUUUGGCAGUGGAACGUCUGUUGGAACCUUUGGUUACACAGGUGACUACCCUUGUUAACACCAGCAAUAGAGGGCCGUCUAACAAAAAGAAAGGACGCUCUAAAAAAGCUCAUGUUUUGGCUGCUUCUGUGGAACAGGCAACACAGAAUUUCUUGGAGAAAGGUGAUAAAAUUGCUCAUGAGAGCCAGUACCUGAAGGAAGAACUAAUAGCAGCUGUGGACGAUGUACGUAAACAAGGUGAAAUGAUGAGAAGUGCUUCAUCAGAAUUUGCAGAGGAUCCUUGCUCAGCUAUGAAGCGAGGCAAUAUGGUUCGAGCUGCACGAGCAUUGCUGUCUGCUGUUACUCGCCUUCUUAUCCUGGCUGACAUGGCAGAUGUUUACAAACUUCUUGUACAAUUGAAAGUAGUUGAAGAAACUCUUGUAAAGGUGAGGAAUGCCAACAAUGAGCAAGAACUUGGAAUACAGUUUAAGGCAUUGAAACCUGAAGUGGACAAACUGAACCUUAUGGCAGCCAAAAGACAGCAGGAAUUGAAAGAUAUUCAUCAUAGAGAUCAAAUGGCUGCAGCACGAGGAGUUUUGCAGAAGAAUAUCCCUAUGCUGUACACUGCUUCACAGGCUUGUCUUCAGCACCCAGAUGUGGCUGCUUACAAAGCCAAUCGAGAUUUGAUCUAUAAGCAAUUGACACAGGCAGUUACCGGCAUUUCAAAUGCAGCUCAGGCAACUACUUCAGAAGAUGUCAUUCUUAGUCAACAAAGUAGUGCUGGUGAGCUGGCAGAUGCGUUGAAUCGCUUUGAUGCUGGUCGAAAAGAAAGGGGUGACGCACUCAAUGCUGCAAUUGACAAAAUGACUAAAAAGACGAGAGACUUGCGCAGACAGCUGAGGAAAGCUGUCAUGGACCAUGUAUCAGAUUCUUUCUUGGAGACCAAUGUUCCCCUUCUGGUUUUGAUUGAGGCAGCCAAGAAUGGCAAUGAAAAAGAAGUGAAAGAGUACGCCCAAGUAUUUCGUGACCAUGCCAGCAAAUUGGUUGAAGUUGCCAAUCUUGCUUGCUCUAUUUCCAACAAUGAAGAAGGUGUGAAACUAGUUCGCAUGGCAGCCACCCAGCUAGAAGGCCUUUGCCCACAGGUCAUAAAUGCUGCUUUGGCCCUGGCUGCUAAACCGCAGAGUAAAGUGGCUCAGGAUAACAUGGAUCUCUUUAAAGAAUUAUGGGAGAAACAAGUGCGUGUGCUGACAGAUGCUGUGGAUGACAUUACUUCUAUUGAUGACUUCCUGUGUGUUUCAGAAAAUCACAUCCUUGAAGAUGUAAAUAAAUGUGUUAUCGCACUCCAGGAAAAAGAUGUAGAUGGACUAGACCGUACAGCUGGUGCAAUCAGAGGACGUGCUGCAAGAGUUGUCCAUGUUGUCACAUCAGAGAUGGACAAUUAUGAACCUGGGGUGUACACCGAAAAAGUUCUGGAAGCAACCAAGUUGCUGUCUGAUACGGUUAUGCCUAGAUUUACUGAACAAGUGGAAGCUGCUGUGGAAGCACUGAGUGCCAAUCCUGCUCAACAGUUAGAUGAAAAUGAGUUCAUUGAUGCUUCACGAUUGGUAUAUGAUGGCAUUCGGGACAUUAGGAAAGCUGUAUUGAUGAUUAGAACUCCUGAAGAAUUGGAUGACUCUGAUUUUGAAACUGAAGACUUUGAUGUGCAGAGUAGAACUAGUAUCCAGACCCAGGAAGAUCAACUUAUUAAUGGACAAAGUGCAAGGGCCAUUAUGGCUCAGCUUCCACAAGAACAAAAAGCAAAGAUUGCAGAGCAGGUAGCCAGUUUUGAGGAGGAGAAGAUCAAACUGGAUGCUGAAGUUUCUAAAUGGGAUGACAGUGGAAAUGAUAUAAUUGUCCUAGCCAAGCAGAUGUGCAUGAUUAUGAUGGAGAUGACAGAUUUCACCAGAGGAAAAGGUCCACUGAAGAAUACAUCUGAUGUAAUCAGUGCAGCCAAAAAAAUUGCUGAAGCUGGAUCAAGAAUGGAUAAACUUGGACGAACUAUCGCUGAUCAUUGUCCAGACUCCAGCUGUAAGCAAGACUUAUUGGCCUAUCUGCAGCGUAUUGCCUUGUAUUGUCAUCAGCUGAACAUCUGCAGCAAAGUAAAGGCAGAAGUCCAAAACCUGGGUGGUGAGCUCAUUGUAUCUGGAGUGGAUAGUGCAAUGUCUUUGAUCCAAGCUGCAAAGAACUUGAUGAAUGCUGUUGUGCAAACCGUGAAGGCCUCCUACGUGGCAUCCACAAAGUAUCAGAAAUCUCUGGGCAUGGCAUCUUUGAACAUGCCUGCUGUCUCAUGGAAGAUGAGGGCUCCAGAAAAGAAACCCUUGGUAAAGAGGGAGAAAAAUGAUGAUAUUCACAAAGUUAAAAGAGCAUCUCAGAAAAAGCAUGUCUCACCAGUGCAGGCUCUCAGUGAAUUCAAGGCAAUGGAUAGUAUUUAAAAACAUUCCAACACAUGGUCAAAGUAUAUUUGAAUGGCUUCCAAAAUUCCUUUGAUUUGCUCAACUUUUAAAAAUAAAAUGUAAGCUUUUAAUAUACAUAUACAAAUGAGUUAUAGUGAAUUGAAGAUUGUUUUUUUUUCAUAAGGUUAAAUAAAGUUUAGUCUCCAUUCUGUAAUGGGUUUGGAAAAUUGAAAUGCUAUGCAGGACUAGGUCAAAUUCAAGCUUCUUUGACACUCCGGUAGUGGACUGACAGUAACUGUGCUUUAAUACGCAAAGUAAUCAAAAAUAGCUUUUUGAGUGAUGUGCAGAUUGGCUAAUAUUGAAUUUUAAGGCCCAGAGUUCUUAAAAAUGAAUGGAAUUACUAGCUCUUCUUCAGGGAAGAACUGCAAUAAACUAUUUUAAAUCAUUUUCCACAAGCAACCACAUUUGUAUGAUGAUGAAAAAUAUUAAACCAUUAAAUGCAUGUAGAGUUUAUUAUUGGUUUAAUUGUUAGUUAGAUUGUUCCUGUGGUUCGCAAUUUUGAUUUCAACCCAUUUGUAUUGUUCCAAUCUUCCUCCUCUCGCUCCCUUCCCAAACAAGAAAGAGCAUUUACCCACUUUUGUUUUCCCUUUCUCAGAUAUGCGAAAGGCCAAAUUAUUUACACAUCCCUUGAUCGGUAACAUGCUCCCUAAAUAGCCAGACUAGUAUUGUGCUAUGCAAUCAUGCUAUGUAUCAAGGUACAAUGUCAUGGGUAUGAUAAUCAUUGAAGACAAUCCUAAUUAGUAACUGUAGAGAUAUACUGUACCACACUUAAGGACUUUUUAAAAUGUUUUUUUUCAUGAUUUGAAUAAUUGAAGUAUAAAUUUACCUCUGUAUUGGCUAUAAUUCUCAAAUAAAGUUACUGUUUUGACAGAC